CUGGCGAGACCGCCGAACGUACAUAUGCAUGGUGCCAGGCCCGCUACCUUCUUUUGCCCGUUAUCUGCAGGUUCAGUUCCGCCAGUCUUGGUCGUAUCUUGUCGUCUUCAAGCGACACUCCGAUGAGAGAUCGGACCUAGGGCGCAGCGUCUGAGCUGUCUGCAGCAGCUGGUGAGACGCCCGAGGAUGGCGGCCGUCCAUGCCAGGUUGGCCGUGGUGCUUGCCUUUACACUGACGAGUCUAUCAACGGUGGUUGUUGCAUUGCGGUAUGUGAAUUGCAAUCAUGUACAUGCGAAACCGAGGCGGCGUGGCUCACCAUUUUCUAGCUUCUACUGCCGAUAUGGGCUGCUCCGGAAGCUCAGCCCUUCGGAUUGGGUGAUGUUGUUCGCUCUGCUCAGCACCUGGGGCACCACCGUCACCAACUACUAUCAGAUCCACUUCAUGGACUACAGCAAAGUCAACAGCGAACAGAGCUACAUGGUUGUCGUCGUUGGCAACCUCCUCAGCUUCUGGGUCUACCGCCUCUUCUACAUCCUCAACCUCUGCCUCAUCAAAAUCUCCAUCCUCCUCUUCUACAAGUACAUCACCAGCGUCCGCAAAUCCUUCCACCUCCUCGUAAAGAUCCUCCUCAUCGUCGUCAUCUCAUGCAGCAUCGGCAUGUUCAUCGCCUCCAUCCUCGUCUGCAACCCUCCCUCGGACGCCUGGUCCUACGACGUCUUCAUGAUGCCCUUCUACGGAAGGUGGCCCACGCAGUGCUACAACCCGCUGUACAUCUGGUUCUCGACGGCGAGCUUCCACCUCCUGACGGACCUGGUGGUCUGGUUCCUCCCCAUCCCCUUCUUCCUCAACCUGCAGUCCAUGCCGCUCAAACGCCGCCUGGGUCUCGCCGGCAUCUUCUCCAUCGGCAUCGUCGCCAUCGCCGCCUCGGCUGUGCGCUUGUGGGUGCUGAAGCAGUGGGCCCUCGACGGCUUCGAGAAGCAGGGCGAGCGCGCGGCCGACCUGCUCAUCUGGGGCCAGGUCGAGCAGCAUGCGGGCAUCAUCGCGGCGUCGAUCCCAUUCCUGCGGCCCCUGGUCAAGAAGGUCGUCGGCCUGCCCAAGCACGUGGUGGUGGCGAGGAGGAAGGGGCGCGAGGGCCAGAGUCCGAGUCCCGCGGCGAAAUUGAUGGCGCAGAAUCAUGCGGCUGGUGGUGGGGGAUUUGGGUUUGGGGGACAUGAAGGGGGAGGAGGAGCAGCAUUUGUGGGGACACCGGAGAGGGAUAGCACGCCCGUGCCGCAUAGGACGCCGAUUAUCCCGUCGCCGAGCGCGACGUAUGCGAGCGAGGCCAGGGAGAGAGAGGGGGAGACGUUCAAGAUGCCGGUGACGCCGCUGAGCCCGGUUUUUCCGGUGGAUGGUAAGGGUCCCGAGGUGAGGGAUGGGGAGGUUUGAAAGAGAGGGACUGGAGGCACGAUUGAGUGUAUUCACUGCUCUUAGAGAUACCCCAGCCCGACCGCAACAGACGUUUGGCGAGAUAUUCCCAGGGCUCAGGAUCACGACGCUGGAGAGACAUACCGGUCUAUUGCUACCUCGAAGUAGGAGCAUUUGCGCGUUGGACCUGGGGAUACGUCGUGGAGCAGA